CACACGGCCUCAACUUGACUUGUAAAGUCUUCGCUCGUUUUUCUUACAAUUGGCCGCCACCCAUUUUUGAUUCAUAAAAACACCUAUCAACACUUAGAAAAUUAUCCCAUCAACCCCCCUCUUUCUUUCCUCCCUCUGGCCUGCCUGAAUCAAGAAUCUCCUCAAUGGCUCCCACUGCUUCACAUUUCCACUUGUUCCUCUCGUCCCUUUUCACCCUUUUCCUUUUUGUUCAAUCAAAACUGACUCUUUAUCCACCAGAUCAUGCUGCACUUUUGCUUGUAACAAAACACUUAGGCGGCAUUGGUGCUCUUCACGACAAUCCCUGCAGCUCUGCAGGAAUAUCCUGCGAGCGGCGGGGGGUUAACAGGACGCAAGUUCUGAGAGUCACACGUAUUGUGUUGAGAUCUUACGGAUUGAGUGGAACUUUGUCGCCUGCUAUUGGCAAACUUUCUGAGCUCAAAGAGAUUUCACUUUCAGACAAUCAAUUAUCUGAACAGAUACCUGCUCAGAUUCUUGAUUGUAAGAAACUGGAGAUUCUUGAACUUCAGAAGAACAGGUUUACUGGCAAAGUUCCAUCUAAAUUGUCAUCAUUGAUUCGUCUUCGGGUCGUUGACUUUUCGUCUAAUGAGUUGUCUGGGAAUGUCAACUUCUUGGAGUACUUUCCUAAUUUGGAGAAACUGUCCCUGGCUGAUAACUUGUUCACCGGGAAAAUACCACUCUCCCUGAAAUCUCUCAGGAAUCUCCGUUUCCUGAAUCUUUCAGGGAACAGUUUUCUUGAAGGUCCGGUGCCUGUAAUGGGUCAAGUUGAGCACUUAUCAGCAGAUUUGACAGGAAGUGAUAUCGUUCCUAAACGUUACAUUCUUGCUGAGAAUUCAACAAAUCAGAUAUCUGCAAGGGGACCUGCUUCGCGUUCAGCAAAUGUCCUAGCUCCGGCUCCAGCUCCAGCUCCAGCACACAGUCGUGUUGCACCGGUGCAUAAGCGUAGCAAGAAGAAGAGGAAGAUACGAUCGUGGUUUCUUGGUUUCCUUGCCGGAACUUUUGCAGGGGCUAUAUGUGCUUUGCUCUUUUCGGUGUUCUUUAAGCUGGUCAUGUACCUCAUAAGAAGGGGAAAGAGUGAUUCAAGUUUAACAAUAUACAGUCCGUUGAUCAAGAAAGCCGAGGACUUGGCCUUCUUAGAGACAGAAAAUGGAGUGGCAUCACUUGAAAUGAUUGGAAAAGGUGGAUGUGGAGAAGUUUAUAGAGCUGAGUUACCGGGAAGUAACGGGAAGAUUAUAGCUAUAAAGAAGAUUAUGCAACCCCCAAUGGAUGCUGCAGAGAUCGCUGAGGAAGAUACCAAGGCUUUGAACAAGAAAAUGAGACAGGUAAAAUCAGAAAUUCAAAUUGUGGGUCAAAUCAGACACCGGAAUCUGCUUCCACUACUAGCACAUAUGCCAAGGCCAGACUGCCAUUACUUGGUCUAUGAAUAUAUGAAAAAUGGGAGCUUACAGGACAUCCUCCAGCAAGUCACAGAAGGGACAAGGGUACUAGAUUGGUUGGGACGACACCGGAUUGCAGCAGGGAUAGCUGCUGGGCUUGAGUAUCUCCAUAUAAACCAUACUCAACGCAUAAUUCACAGAGACCUAAAGCCAGCAAAUGUCCUUCUUGAUGAUAAUAUGGAACCUCGAAUUGCUGAUUUUGGUCUUGCAAAGGCAGUUCCAGACGCUCAUACACAUGUUACGACUUCAAAUGUUGCAGGAACUGUGGGAUAUAUUGCACCAGAAUACCAUCAGACUUUGAAGUUUACAGACAAGUGUGAUAUAUACAGCUUCGGCGUGGUUCUAGCAGUGCUGGUAGUAGGAAAGCUUCCAUCAGAUGACUUUUUCCAGCACACUUCUGAGAUGAGUUUAGUGAAGUGGCUGAGAAAUGUAAUGACUUCUGAUGAUCCAAAAAGAGCUAUUGAUCCAAAUCUGAUAGGAAAUGGAUAUGAGGAGCAAAUGCUUUUGGUUCUCAAGAUAGCUUGCUUUUGUACUAUGGACAAUCCAAAAGAGAGGCCUAACAGUAAGGAUGUCAGGUGCAUGUUAACUCAGAUCAAGCAUUAAGUACGCACGUCAUAAGGCAUACGGAAUAAGUUUGUUAUGUAACUAAGAAUGUGUUCUGUAUUUCAGUUACCAUCUCCAAGAUGGAGUUGAUCUUUUGCCGUAAUUGUUUUAUACAUGUCAAUCUUUUCUGUUCA